AUGUCGUACGCCGCAGCGAGCGUGAAUUUACCAGUCCCACUUGUCGAACCGGUUAUCAAGAGCGGCACCCAACGGUUAGACAUUGGCUCCUGGCCCCCAUCGAAUUUCCCUGUCCCUUCAAAAAAUGCCGCAUUGGACGGUAAGUGGCACCUCAGCAACAGCGCUUUUCUCGACCGCUAUUUGGAGCUUCCGACGAUCUCGCAAGUCCUACAGCAGCUGCCCACUCGUCAGCCCCCGAUCUGUGUAGCCCCCGACAUGGCGGAGCGAAGCUCAAUAAAGCGCUCGUCCCAGCUGCAGUGUUGCCGGCCGACGCCGUCACUCCAGGAGGAGCUAGGAGGAAGAUCCCGCUUUCGUCCCGAUUUGAUUAUACCCUCAGAUCCUCAGAAACGCGUUUUGUGGCUCACAGAGUCUGCGCGGAGCUACGGAGCGACACACCAGUUGCCUAGUCACCUACCUAUUGCUUACCACGCUGCGAAUCGCAUCUUCAGCAAUUCGGGAUAUGCCGGCAAGCGGCAAAGAGCCGGCCUCUCUACACACCUCAACAAAAGCAGAGUUCACAAAAGCCUGGAGCAAUUUGGCGGAAUUUGA